AUGCCACCAGUUGAAGAACGUCUUCGAACUGUUGCAUUGCAAACAAAGGAGAAUGAUGAACAAGCGUCAAAACUAGAAAAAGCGUUAAAUCUUCUAAAAAUUCAAACAUCAAAAUUAAAAUCGUCUCAAGGCGAAAUUGAACAGUUAAAAUCUGAUCAUCAACAGCAGUCAAUAUUGGUUGAUAUGGACGAUUGUCAAACUCAGACAGAAUUUAUCAAAAGAGAAAAUAAUAAUCAUUACACGCAGACAGAUAUUACAAAAUUGCAAAGCACAGAAUGUCAAAUUUUCAUGUGUGUAUGUCAACUUGUUGAUAUUUUGACUUAUGAUGAAUAUUUGGAUAAAUCAGUUAAUGAUGAAGAUGAGACCGAGGAAGUUACUACUAGAAAUCAACUGAAUGAUGAAUUAUCAUCGAUGUCAUUAGAUAAAAUUUGUGAUUAUUUAUCAUCUGAAUCGUAUCAGACAAUUGCACGUUCAAAACUUAAUUUUACUGAAUUACAAACAUCCCAAGAUCAAAAUGAAUUUCUGCUUCGUUUAUGCUAUUUAGCUUAUCGUUGUUAUCAAAUUCAAUUACAAUCGUACGAAGCAAAACAUUUAUACAAUGAAGGAUAUAUUCGGGUGUUAAAAGAUGAAUAUCAACUAUUAAAUUCCGAGAAAAAUGAUCUUUUUGAACAAUUAACACUUGUACAACAGCAAAAUCAUGAAUUACAAACUAGAUUAGACAAAUCAAAAGAUGAAAGACAUGAACUGAAUUCUAAACAUGAUGAUGAAAUAGCUGAACUAAAAUCGUCUUAUGAUAAAUUUCUAGAAGACAUUCAACAACAGCACCUUCUAAAAUAUGAAUUGUGUGAACAAUUAUCAAUAGAAUUAAAGCAAAAAUAUAUGAAUCGAGAACGAGGUUAUAUCGAAAUGCAAAAGAAUUGUGAUUAUUUCAGACAAGAGUUCGAACGAUUAAAAAAUAUUGAACUAACAAAUUUAGAACAAAAUUUGAAUACAAAACAAGAAUUAGAUUUGAUGCAACGUGAAAAGGAGACAUUGGAAGAAUUGAAUUUAGAAUUAUUUCAAUAUAAAGUACAAUUUCAGCAACAACAUGAGUCUGAUAUGGAAUCAAAAUUAUCGUCAACCGGAGUCGCCGUUACAUCAAUACAUGAACAGGAAGAUGAUCGAUGUAACCAAAUGAAUCAAUAUCGUGAAGAACUUGAAAAUCAGUAUCAGAUGAAGAGAGAACAUUUGUUAGCAUUAAAAAAUCAACAACAACAACAACAAGAGCAGAUGGAUGUUGAUACACAAACAAACAACAAAAAGAAUAAAAAUGAUCAAUUACGUGAGCGUGAUAGUCUUGUUGAACAACAGUAUGAACAAUUAAAACAAUUGGAAAAACAAUAUCAAGAAAAAUUAGAAGAACAAAAAACUAUAUCAAAUGUGGAAACUGAAAUACUAAAAGAAAAUGAAAAUAAAAAAUUAAAAGAAUUAAGAUCAAAACUGAACAUGAUGGCUCUCGAUUAUUUAAAUGAAAAUGAACGUUUAAAACGUGAAAAUGAACAAUCGUUAAGUUCUAAAUCAUCUCGUUCAUUAUUUGCCUCUUCUACAGAACAAACCGAUCAAGAUAUUUGUCAAUUAAUAGUGCAACUGUUAACAUGUGAAGUGGCAUUACAAACGACAUCAUUUGAAAAUUUAGAAAAUUUAUUUGAGAAUGAUUCGUUUGCAAAAUGUUCGUUUAAAAAACCAGUAGAAAAUUACACACUCCAAUUUAAACAUGUUCAACACGAAAUGAACGAUAAAAUUCAAGAAAUAUUAACAUUAAAAAAGGAAAUAGACAGACUUCGUGCAAGUGAAUUACAAUAUCGUAUCGAAGUUGAUUGUCUAAAGACAGAAUUUCAAGGUGUACAAUUAACAUGCAAACAAUUACAGCGAGAAUUAGCUGAUCUAAAAUUAUCUCAACCAAUUGUCAAUGAAUUUCUUAUGAAUCUUCGUGCUAUACUCGAAUUAAAAGAACGGGAAUUAAAAGCAUUAAAAGAUAAAGUGGAUCAUACAUCAAAAACUCAUCAACUGGAAAUCAAUGAGCUACAUCAAACAAAUCAGGAAUGGGGAGAACCAUUAACAACUCAUGACUUUCUAACGAUAACAGCUGUUUAUGCGAGAGAACUGGGACGACCCAACAUGUUUAGUAAUGAGAUCGCUGGUUAUGACUGGUAUAACGGUUUUAUGAAAGGACAUGCUGCAUUUAAAUUAAAAACACCUCAACCGUUGGAAAAAUCACGUGGAAAUGUUUCUGGCAGCACUGUAACAAAAUGGUUUGAUUUAACUGAAUCUAUUUUUGAAAAGCAUAAAUUGAUUGAUAAACCAUCUCAAAUAUUCAAUUGUGACGAAACUGGAUUUUCGGAUAACAAAGCGACCCCAAAAGUUAUUGUCAGAAAAAAUAAGAAAUUUACAUACCAACGUUAA